AUGACGUACGACAACGAUGCGGAGGAAAGAGGCACGUCCGGCUCGCGCACCCCACUCCUAGGGAGAUCAGCGCAUCAGAGGAUAGGACAGGAAAAUGAAGGUCCUAGAUGGACCUUCACGAGUGUGCUGCAGUUCUUUGGUGGUGGCAUCUAUGCUCCGGACUCCACGACCUACGACCCCCUGGAGAUAUUGCUCAAUACCGAAGACGCAGACGAAAAAGACGAACUUACCACACUAUGGAGAGACAACAAACUCAGUGAGCUCAACUUUGUCGGCGUUGUGGCCGCCCUCUUAGCUGGCGUCCUCACGUCCACUGGAAGCUGGCCAAACAUCUUACCAAAUGGGAAAGAAUCGCCAUGGUCUGUGCGCACAUCGUGGUACUGCGGUAUCAUAUUGUCGCUUUUCAGCAUCCUCACAGCUGCUGAUCAGACCGUCCGACUGCACCGCCUUUCAUCACAUCGCGAUGGAUUGGCCAAUAUUCGAAAACUGAUCGCCAAGACGAAUGGCGAGAAGAGCCACUCCUCCAAGACUGGACGUCGGACACCUAGCUUGCUACAAAUCGUCACAUGGCAAAUGCCAGUGAUGUUUUUGACUUCCGCUACUGUCUGCAUGGUCGUUGGAAUGUUCCUGCAUGUCUGGUCGGCGACCACACAUCUGCACCAUCCAACACUGUGGGACGAUAAUACCAAGGUUGCCGUCACGUUCAGUACUGUCGCUAUCCUAGCAAUGACGCUGUUCUUCGUCGAAAUUCUUCCCCCACACCAGCAAAUUCCUAUAUACAAUCCGCUCAAGCAACAUCUCAUGGCGACGGUAUCAACAGCGGGCUCGUACGAGCAGUACAAGCUUGACACCAAGCGCUUCAUCUUCUGGCUCAUUGACACUGCGAAGAAGCGGGACUACGACAUCGCUGAUCCAGCCGAAACCCAGCAACCCUCGAGACGGCUGAAAGGACAAGCGAGGAAGCAAGCAAAGCAAGUGACCAACCAAGCGACCGGGUCGAAGACCAAUUACGUUAUCUCGACGGAAAAGAUCCUCGACUUGGCGAAACAUAUCGCAGACCAUGAGGAGACCUCGACAAUGCCCAAGUUUGUUUGGUACUCCUACAAGCGGGCUGUGAGAACGCGCCAGGCCUACGCCGACCGCUAUGCCCAGGAAGAACUGUGGGAGACGGCUUCGGACGAUGGCCACAUCUACUUUCUGUGGCUGUUGAAACACUGCCACACGAUCCUAAAGAAGAAGAUCGCAGUGCAGGCGGUCAGCCGACCGGAGACUGCAGCACCUGCGCAACUUCGAUUUAACAUCGCGACUGAACCGACAUCAGCGUCAUCUCUCCUUCCAGUACCUGGAUCCGCACCGCAGGCUUUUGGUGAUAGUCAGGAGACUGUACCGGAAGAAAUCACAGCUGCUGAGGCCGAACGAGAAGCAAAGGGUCACAAGCUGGAUGAGCUGGCUCGGAAAUUUGAGCUUGACAUGAAGAUGAAACAAGACGCGGAGGCUGAACUCGAAACGGAGAGGAAAGCCAAAGAAGAGAUCGCUUUGAGGAAGUCUUGUCUAGCGGACGAUAUGCGCAUCAUCGUCGAGCAGCUGGAGUCCGACUGGAACGACACUCACAAGGUCGAUGGCGAUGAAGAUUACUUGGAUGAGACCCGAGCUACUCUCAUGACGGAAGCUGCGUUCCAUCUCAUACGCCACAAGGAAGAGACCUUGGUAAAAGAAGCUCAUGAGAAAGGGCUGCCGCCAUUCGAUCCCGCUCUCGAUGACGACGACUUCUUCGGCAAGAGCUCGAAAGCGCUCAGAAAGAUUGAGGCGGAGCGACGUUCACAACCAGGAGAAUAUUUGUUCUUGGCACCGCGGUCGAUCAUCCAAGAUGAUGUUGCGAACCGACACACGAACGAGGACUACGACUUCCUAGUACACUACUUGUUCGAAGCAGCACUAGAACCACAAGCCAGAAGGUCGCAUGAGGAACAGUACCAGAUGCCACUACUAGCAGGAUCAUUAGACGCUCUUUCCCGAGCAUACGGUUCGCUAGGCUCUUUUGGCUUCAUCUCAAUGGUUUUCAUAUUCGCCGCCGAGUUGUUGAUCAGAAUCCGAACGAAAGACCAAAACCGUUCGCUGAGGGAUUACAUUCCAAUGUCACGACGGGCGAGGGAUGAAGAAGCCCAGUUCGCAUCUUGGCAUGAACGGGGAAUCCGCUUCCCACAUCUACUUCAGCAAGUCACAGACUCAGGGUAUACACAUCGAGGUCUGAUCUUAGACCGGCCAUUCUCUCAUGCCCGGUACGCUAAGAUGUGGAAGUUGGCGCCUGAGCAUCUAUUCUACGGUUUGCAGGACGACUACCCGUGGCCGGUGGGUCUCGAAGUGAGCAACGUCAUCGAAAAACAUGGCGACAAGUCUGCGCGCCAAGUGGCCGCCGCUCGGUACAUUCUUCCACCACGGGACGGCGAAUUCUUGCGUAACACCAUUCCGACUCUGAGAGCGAAGCUCUCCCUAGUCCAUCUCUUGCUGCGCGAGGAAAUGGGACUCGGCUUUGCCAAUCUCAGCCCGCAAAUCUUCGCCAUAGCCCAUUUGUACAACUGCUUCCAAAAGCGAGGCUGGAUCAACGGGCUCUGGCCGGAGCUUGAGCUCAUCAUGGACCGGCAUUCGAAGAAGAUCUUCUCCACCGCAAUCCCCACGAAGUCUGAUGAGUUUUACUCGCGCCUGCUGCUUGUAGCCGGGUACUCGACCACGUUCAUCAAGAAAACUCGGAAUACGGACAAGGAUGUUUACAGUCGCCGCGAUUUUGGGAAAGGCACCCACAAGACCUGCGAGUUAGAACCGCUUCCGAUGACGAAGAUUCUCCGCGACUAUGUCCACCAGAGGGAAACGGGAGUGCGCACCUGGUAUCGCAUGGAUGAGGAGAUGGCCAAGCACAGUAAAGUCUCUUCGCGGACGCAGGGUUCGGGCGACCUGAACAUCUUGUCAUUCAUCAAAGAGCUUCGCAACUCGGAAGAGCUUCCUCAAGUUCUGGACCGCCUGGAAUUUGACUACAUCAGUCUGACACUGCAAUGCAACGAGCUUUGCGAGAAGAUCGAUGCGGAACAAGCCAAAUUCAGUGCUACUGGACAGAAAAUACACAAAGAGGCGGACUGGAAGUCGCCUACCAGCGACGGGUUCAUGGUUGUGGCAACGCUCCUUGGAGAUCUCGACCGCGUUGUGAUGAAGAAGAAGCGCAAUCCCAAGGGAAACAUGAACAUGGCAGAUACGACCAAUGUUGUUGACGCAGCUGUUCGAGUGAUGCAAGGCUUUCUGGAUGAGCUGAAGAAGUAG